AUGUCUGCUCUGGCUAGAAGCUUGAAGAUUGCCCUUAUCCAGUUUGCAGCUGGUGCUGACAAGGCCGCGAACCUGGCCACUGUCAAAACAAAGGUAUCGGAGGCCGUGGCUAAUGGCGCCAAGUUGGUGGUGCUGCCAGAAUGUUUCAACUCGCCAUAUGCUGUGAGCGCAUUUCCUAAAUAUGCUGAGAAGAUCCCCGAGGGAGAAACCACCCAGUUUCUGUCGGAAUUGGCAAAAAAGUCGAAUAUUUUCCUGAUUGGCGGGUCAAUUCCUGAGAUUGGAUCCGACGGCAAGAUAUACAACACCAAUGUGUCGUUCGACACCCAGGGCACUAUCAUUGCCAAACACAGAAAAGUUCAUUUGUUUGACAUCGAUGUUCCUGGAAAAAUCCGGUUUAUUGAAAGCGAGACUCUAACUGGCGGCUCGAAAGCCACUGUAUUUGAUGUCGAAGGAUUCGGCACUGUGGGACUUGGAAUCUGUUAUGACAUUCGAUUUCCCGAACUGGCAUCAAUUGCUGCUCGCAAAGGUGCCUUUGCCCUGCUAUAUCCAGGAGCAUUUAACACCACUACAGGACCUCUGCAUUGGAAACUGCUGGCCAGGGCCCGAGCAGUUGACAACCAAGUGUACGUCAUUACAGCAUCUCCUUCGCGAGACCUGACCUCAUCCUACCAUGCCUACGGACACUCACAAGUGAUUGAUCCCUGGGGUGAAACCGUUUCAGAGGCUCAAGAAGGCGAAGAAAUCAUCUAUGCCACCUUGGAGCCUGAGAAAAUCGACUCUGCACGUUCUGGCAUUCCCGUGACGAGCCAACGCCGUUUCGACGUCUACGAAGACGUCUCUACCCAUGCCAAAGUAUCAGACAAAUAA